AUGACUCCACUGUGCCUCGGAAUCAACUUCGGCUUCCCGGCCGACGUUCUGCAUAUUGAUCGCCAGACGCUGGCUUGGUUUCACCGAUGGACCGGACACAUUUGUGUGUUACAUUCUCUUCUCCACGGAUCGUUUGUGGUAUCGAACGUGAGGAAAUCAAUGCCCCCAAACCCAAAUUAUAUCAUUACAAUCCUAGCCGGAUGUGCACUGAUUCUCGUUGGGCCAGUGACCUGUGUGGCGAUUCGACAACGUCACAGGCAGCUUGCGCUCAAGUGUCAUUAUGUCUUGGCGGCUGUCGCUAUCGCCGCCAUUGAAUACCAUCUCUUUCAACAAGAAUCACCUUAUUGUUGGGUUUUGCUGGGAGCUGUCUGCUUAUGGUUUCUAUGCAGUUCGGUAGUCUGUAUGAGGACCAUACUGACCCAUAAGCCAUGGCAAGGCUCACACUGCAAGGCGGACAUCUGGGUUUCUCAGGGAGUCCUCUGGAUUGAGAUCAACUUGCCUAUCGGUCGAGCUAUCCGGCCGGGCGAGUAUAUACACAUGUGGGCGCCAUGUGCCGGCUAUCGAGCCUUCACACAACUUGUGCUACUCUACGUGGUAGUCGCGGAGUUGGAAAAUGUAGACAGUGGAUGCACCAUCCGUAUGGUUGCGCGGCCUCAACGUGGGGUCCUCUAUCACUCUUCUUUUGCGCGACGUCAGCCAGUCGCCAUUCUGGGGCCGUACGGGCGACCGUACGAUUUUUCUCGAUACGGUACGAUUGUAUUCGCUCUAGAGGAUAUUGGGCUUUUCCGUGCGCUAUCAUAUAUUGAAAUGCUGGUGGAAGCUAGUCACAAGCGAGAAGCAAUGGUGCGGAAAGUCGAAGUCCUGUGGCAGCGCGAGAAGGCAUUUGAGAAUCCAGAGUGGUUCAAAUUAUGGAGACAGAAAAUUCUCAAUUUUGACCGGGAAAAUUUUGAUAUUCUUCACUUCCGAAUUUUCUGUCAUGAGCCGACGGAGCCAGCGAAGGGACCAAGAUCCUCUCGAAGAUUAGGCGAGCGGCUCUGGCUCUACAAUGGACCGAUUGACUUUGAAGAGGAGAUCUCGCGAUAUCUCGACGAGCAGUGUGGUAACAUGGCCUUGGCAGUAUGUGCGGGUCCGCGGACUCGCGAAGCUGUGAGGAAAUCAGUUCAACUCCAUCUCCACAAAAGCCCCCAAAUCGUCGAGCUCGAUCUGGGACCAUACCAUACCUGGCCGGAUGAUCAGAUUUCGUCCGAAAACCGGUAUCAAGGCCAAAAUUCCCAAAAAGCUGGGAGUGCAUGA